AAAAAAAACCAUUAAUAUUCAGAAAUCACAAUCUUCCAAUUUCUUCUCUCUCCUUACGGAGCAGAGGGUGAUAGAAACGCCGUAACGGACUCUUCUCACCGAAACGCCGUUACAUCACGUCCGUUAGGAAGAGAACAAAAAAGGAAAAAAAAAUUAUUGUGCUUGCGCAUUAAUGGCUUCGGAAGAGCUGAGCUUGGGUACGAGCAAUGUUGACAGCGACGUUAACGGCGUUAUCCACGCCUUCGGCGGUGGAGACGGCGGAGAUGACGGCGUGAAGACGGCGAGGCUGCCUCGGUGGACAAGACAGGAGAUACUGGUGCUGAUACAGGGGAAGAGAGUGGCGGAGAACAGAGUCCGACGCGGCCAUGUGGUCGGGUCUGGUCAGGUGGAGCCGAAGUGGGCAUCGGUCUCUUCGUACUGCAAGCGCCACGGCGUGAACCGAGGUCCCGUCCAGUGCCGGAAACGGUGGAGCAACCUCGCCGGCGAUUUCAAGAAGAUCAAGGAGUGGGAGUCUCAGAUCAAGGACGAAACGGAGUCGUUUUGGUUGAUGAGGAACGAUCUCAGGAGGGAGAGGAAGCUUCCUGGGUUUUUCGACAAGGAGGUCUACGACAUCAUCGACGGCAGCGCUACCCCGGCUGCGGCGGAAGAGCCGGCUCUGGUUCUUGCUCUGGCUCCGGCGUCGACUUCGGCGGAGGAGGGGUUGUUCUCUGAUUUUGAGCAGGAGGAGACGGUGAAGGCGAUUCCGACGGGGGUGCCUCUAUCAGUGUCAGAGAAGGUGGGCCAAGCAGCUUCAGGAGCAGGUAAAGGUGCAACGGAUGAGAAACAGCAGCCAGUGGCAAACCCUAAAGCUGGUUCGGCAUCCCAAGAACAGAGAAAGCUUAAACGAAAAGCUCCUGGGGAAGAAGAAGAAGAAGAAGAAGCGAACAGAAUGCAGCAUAAGGUGAUAGAGGUGUUGGAGAGAAGCAGUAAAAUGCUGGAAACGCAGCUCGAGGCUCAGAACUCCAACUUAAGACAAGACAGGGAGCAGCGUAAGGACAUUGGCGAUAGCUUAGUCGCUGUCCUUAACAAGCUCGCUGAUGUUCUCGGAAGAAUUGCAGACAAGUUGUAGAGAAGGACACACAAUUUCUCUUUUAGAGUUUUCGUUUGAAAACGGCCGGGAAAUCACGUAGAGAGAGAGAGAGAGAUUUUUUCUUUUCUCCAUUUCGUCCAUAUACGAUCAGCCAUGAAAGAAGCUGUAUACGCACACAAACACGGGACAAAGUCUGCACAUUUAUAGGGUUUUUACACCAUUGGUGUAUUGUAAAAAAAGCUUGGUCUGGUUGAUGGA